AAUCACUACUUCGAAAUAGACAUCUUUUAUAGUUAACAUUUUCUUAGUUCUGCCUUUGCCUUGGAAAUCAUAAACCUGAUUUUCAUACCACUUUCAAGGUUUGUGUUCCUAGUUGAUAGGUGAAAACUGUCAGGUCGUCGUUUUCUCUUUAAGUUUUACUGGUUCCCGUCAACAUUUUUUUCAUGUUUGAUCACUGUUUUUCUUGGUAUGUGUUGACCUUUUUUAACUUUUGUACUUAGUAUGCAUGAAAAGCCCUGAGACAGAGAACUACUACAGCCAGGCGUCCAGGAAAAUCCUGGUCAUAGAUUAGGGGUUCUGAAUAACUCACCUCCUGUCAUAAUGUGGACCCCUGGCUGGUCCUCCCAGUGACAGUAAGUAUUCUGGUUGAGAGAGGUGAGUUUACUCUGAUAUCUGCUUUGUGUUCAAUUCUCUAUCCCCAUCACGCACGCAUUCCGCACUUUCAAUUUCAAUACUCAAUUUCAAUCUCUAGAAAUCCAGGAAACGGUGAAGUAAACUGAUGGCUGCUGUGAGUCUUCUGCAGGGGCCCACACUUCGGUGGCCACUCUUGCCGACGUACAUUCUAACUCCGACGUACCGAACGUUUUGGGGUUAUUUAUGUUCCCGCCACUUAAGACCAUUUAUUAUCCCCAUGUAAUUAACAAGGUUGAGGAACAAGGAAAGGGCGCAGGUGCUCCCGCCGCCUCGAAGCCCGCAGCGUCACAGGCCCUCCAGAACCCGGGAAAUAUCCGGUUCUGCUCCCGCUAAUGCCUUCUCUUCCGCUCCGGUCCCCCCCCACCCCCGCGCAGAGUCCUUUGAAUCACGUGGUGAUCGGGGGAGGGGGAAGUGGGUGGCCCAUCGGCCGCCAUCUUGCGGGCUUGGAGGCGGGGCUUGUGGAGUGCGGGUUGCGCGCUUCAUUCCCCCUCCCCUCGCCCAGCCUCGCGCCGGCUUCCGCGCUCCUCCCCAUUUCUGGCUCCCGUGGCCGGUCCCUGAGUGGAGGAGCUGGGAUCCCCGGAGGGCGUGGGGGUGUGUCGGACGCGUGCUCGCUCCCUCCAACAGCCAGCCGCGGGGGCGCGCUCGGCCGGGCCCUAGGGGCGGUGCGGGGCCGAGGGGCGGUGCGGGGCCGAGGGGAGGGGGCUGCUCCCGUUGCGGGGGCGGCGCGCGGCGGCCGUGGCGGCAGUUGCGGCGGCGCGCUGGGGCCCCGUGUCCGGGGUGCCCCCGGGUCGGAGCUGCCGCCGGGGCCGCUGCUGCCGGAGCCAUGUACCGCAGCGGUGCCCGCUCCUCAGUCUCUUCGCACCGGCCUAAAGAGAGCAGCGGGGGCGGCCCGCGCACCAGUCGCAGCUCCGGCUCCUCCUCAGGCCCGGCUCGCCGCACCUCACCGCCGUCCUCCGGCUCCUCAUCGUCGCGGACCGCUGCUCGCCGGCACCGCUCGCCCUCCGGGCACCGCAGCCGCCGGGCCUCGCCGUCCCCGCCUCGGGGUCGCCGUGGCUCCCCGUCCCCGCCCCGCGGCCGCCGGGCCUCGCAGUCCCCCCCGCGGGGUCGUCGCGUCUCUCCGUCCCCGCCGCGGGCCCGUCGCGGUUCCCCGUCCCCGCCGCGGGGCCGUCGCGGUUCCCCGUCACCGCCGCGGGGCCGACGACCCUUCCCGCCGGGCCCGGCCGGUUUCCGAGGCAGCAGCCGGGGGGAGUCCUGCGCCGACUUCGCCCGGGACGGCCGCGGAGAACAUCCAGGCGACGGCGGCAGCCGGAGACGGUCUCCUGGUCUGCGUUCUGAUUCCUCUUUGGAACAGAGCUUAAGGAUCACUGUUGGCAACGACCACUUCUGUGUUGGCAUACCGGAACGGCGGCGGCUUAGUGACCGACUGGGGUCACCAGUGGAUAAUCUGGAGGAUGCGGACAGGGAUGACAUGACUGAUGAUUCUGUCUUCACUCGAAGCUCCCCAUGCUCUCGAGGUCUAGAACGAUAUAUUUCCCGGGAAGAGGGGCCUCUCAGUCCCUUCUUGGGACAACUUGAUGAGGACUACCGAACAAGAGAAACUUUCCUGCAUCGUGCUGAUUAUAGUCCCCAUAUCAGUUGUCAUGAUGAGCUGUUGAGGGGAACAGAACGGAAUAGAGACAAAUUAAAAAGUUCCUACACUAUAAGACCUGAGGAAAGGAGCCGGGAAGCCAAACGGCCCCGUUAUGAUGACACAGAGAAGAUUCACAGUGUGGGAAGUGACCAUCCAAGUUUUACAUCAGGGACCCGCAACUAUCGACAGCGUAGACGGAGCCCGAGCCCUAGGUUUCUUGACCCUGAGUUUCGAGAGCUGGACCUUGCCAGGCGAAAACGAGAGGAAGAGGAGGAACGAAGUAGGAGCUUGAGUCAGGAACUGGUAGGAGUUGAUGGUGGUGGCACUAGUUGCCCCAUUCCUGGAUUGUCCGGUGUCCUAACAGCAUCAGAGCCAGGAUAUUUACAUCGGCCUGAGGAAGUAUCUGUGAUGCCUAAGAAGUCAAUUCUGAAGAAGAGAAUUGAGGUGGACAUGGAGCCUUCCAUGCAGCUUGAGAGUUUUUCCAGCAGCACCAGCUCCAGCCACGAUCACCCUGUCUUCUCUGGACAUCCAUCUCUUCCAUUAAGUGGUGCUAUAGCUGCCUUUGCCUCAGAGAUGGAAAACAACAAGGGGACUGUGGUAGAGGCUACCCUGAAGGAACCUCAAGGCAACCUCUACCAAUGGGGUCCCCUCCCUGGAAUGCCCAAAGACAACAGUCCUCUCAGAGAGAAGUUUGGGGGUUUUCUGUACCACAAGGAGAAAUUGAAUAUGAAGGCUGAGGGAUCUGAGCAACCCACAGACUUCUUGCUGCCCCAUGAGAGAGCUAGCCAGGAUGGCAGUGGUUUUUCCCGCAUUCUGAGCAUGUUGGCAGAUUCUACCAGCACACAGGAAAAAAGGCAACGUAGUUUCCCUGACAUUGAGGAUGAGGAGAAAUUUCUCUAUGGGGAUGAAGAAGAGGAUUUAAAGUCAGAAUCUUCAGCAAAGCCCCUUGGGGGCUCUGAGAGUGAAGUUAUGAGGCAGAAGGCAAGCUCAUUACCCUCUUCAGCUCCAGCUGUAAAGUUAGAAUCCAUAGAAGAGGCCAAUCCAGAAUAUGCUAAGAUUCACGACUUGCUUAAGACCAUAGGGCUGGAUAUUGGGGUAGUAGAGAUUAGUAAACUGGCUGCACGUACCCAGGAACGACUUCAUGGCAAAAAGCCAUCACGUUCUUCCACUGACCGCCGUUCCUCAGUUGACCGGCACUUUUCAGCAGACCACGGUUCCUCUGUUGACCACCAUUUCUCAGCUGAUCUGCGCUCCUUAGAUCCUCACAGACUGAAGAACAGAGAGGCACACCAUAGCAAUACCCACUCCCCAGAGGUGUCCCAUCCACACCCAGUCUCCCCUGUAGAUCCUUACCUGCUCACAAAGAACAGCCCCCCGUUCCUAAAGUCUGACCAUCCAGUGGGUCAUAUUGCAGGACCAGAGGUAGUUGGCAGUGGGUUUCAGUCAUCCGUUGCAGUCAGAUGCAUGUUGCCAUCAGCCCCAUCUGCCCCAAUUAGAUUACCACACCCUGCUUCUUUGUCUCAGUUUCAUAUGCCAAGGGCAUCUCAGUUUGCUGCAGCUCGAAUACCUCCAAACUACCAGGGACCUGCCAUUCCCCCUUCUUCCUUUGAUGCCUACAGGCACUAUAUGGCAUAUGCAGCCUCAAGGUGGCCCAUGUAUCCAGCCUCUCAGCCAUCAAACCAUCCUCUACCAGAACCACAUAGGGUAAUGCCAAUUACCAAACUAGCUACUCGUAGCCGUCCCAAUCUCCGUGUGAUCCCCACUGUGACUCCUGACAAGCCCAAGAAGAAGGAGUCAGUGCUAGGCUCAAUUCCUGCUGCCCAAGUGCCUGUCCAGGUGUCCAUCCCAUCACUCAUAAGAUAUAAUCCAGAGAAGAUCUCUGAUGAGAAGAACCGUGCUUCCCAGAAGCAGAAGGUUAUUGAAGAGAGGAAAAAACUAAAGAGUGACCGGGAAGCUCGUCAGAAAAAGAUGUACUAUCUCAGGACUGAGUUGGAACGGCUUCAUAAACAACAAGGGGAAAUGCUGCGCAAGAAACGAAGGGAGAAGGAUGGCCACAAAGACCCACUCCUGGUGGAGGUGAGUCGGCUUCAGGAUAACAUUAUGAAGGAUAUCGCAGAACUUCGACAAGAGGCAGAAGAGGCAGAAAAGAAGCAAUCUGAACUGGACAAAGUGGCUCAGAUAUUGGGAAUUAACAUUUUGGAUAAAUCUCAGAAGUCUUCAAAUGAUGGUAAAGAGCCUACAGAGAAACCUGGGAAAGCAGAAAAAUCUAAGAGCCCAGAAAAAGUGUCGUCCUCAAACUCUAUUUCCAACAGCAAGGAAUCAAAGGUAAACUAUGAGAAUUCCCAUACUAAGAGCCCCAAGCCUGCUGAGAGCCUCCAGCCAACUGCUAAGCAGUCUGAUCAGUCCGUUGCUGCCUAUGAGUAUUAUGAUGCUGGCAAUCACUGGUGCAAAGACUGCAACACCAUUUGUGGGACCAUGUUUGACUUCUUCACUCAUAUGCACAAUAAGAAGCACACACAGACAUUGGAUCCCUACAACAGACCUUGGGCUUCAAAGACUCAGAGUGAGGCCAAGCAAGAUGCUGUAAAGCGCACUGACAAGAUAACUGUUCCUGCAAAAGGCUCUGAGUUUCUGAUUCCCAUCACUGGAUAUUAUUGCCAGCUCUGUGAGGAAUUUUUGGGGGAUCCAAUUUCUGGAGAGCAACAUGUGAAGGGUCACCAACACAAUGAGAAAUACAAGAAAUAUGUGAUUGAAAACCCAUUGUAUGAGGAACGGCGGAAUCUGGACCGCCAAGCUGGCUUGGCUGUUGUCCUAGAGACAGAACGGCGUCGGCAGAGUGAGCUGAAGCGCAAACUUAGUGAGAAACCAAAGGAAGAGAAGAAAGAAAAAAAGGCAAAGAUCAUGAAAGAAGUAAAGGAGGAUGACAAGGUCUCUGAGGAAUUAGAGGACCAACUUUCUGAGUGUGGGAACUCCCCAGAAAAGGUGGAAAAUAAAAGGAAAGCUAGCAUCAAACUCCAAUUAAAAGAAGAAUUAAAGAAAGAAUCACCAAUAUCUUCCUCCUUUGGGAAAUUCAGCUGGAAGAAGCCAGAAAAAGAGGAAGAAAGAAGUUCAAUGGCUCCAAGUAUUCUCAGGGAGGAUAUUGUAGAAAGCAAUAAGGACAAAGAGGAUGGUAAAACUGAAACUGCAAAGGCAAAGCCCAUUAAAAUCAAGCUUUCUGGGAAAACGGUUGUUGCACAUACUAGCCCUUGGAUGCCCGUUGUGACAACUUCAACCCAAACUAAGAUUAGACCCAACCUGCCUAUCCCAUCCACAGUACUCCGCAAGUCGGGCUCAGCUACAGUGAGUAAGCCAGCUCCUCUUAACACCUUUCUAUCCAUCAAGUCCUCUGGAACCACAGCUAAGCCUUUGCCAGUGGUCAAAGAGUCUUCAGCUGAUCUCCUCUUGCCUCCUGACAUCAUCUCCAAAGCAUUUGGAGGAGAAGAGGUGAUACUGAAAGGGUCUCCAGAGGAAAAAAUGGUACUGGCGGAAAAGAAUGAGCCAUCCCAUAUACCUGAACAAAUGCUACCACCCCCUCCCCCACCCCCUCCCCCACCCCCUCCCCCACCCCCAGUUAUACCUCAUCCAGCUGCCCCAUCUCCUGCUCAAGCAAAUGCUGUCUUGGCUCCAGUGAAAUCAAACCCAUCUGUAUCACACACUCUCAGCCCUGGCUUCCUGGGUCCUAACAUUUUGAACCCAGUGUUGCCAGUAGCCAUCAUGGCCUCAGCACAGCCAACUGCCAUUCCUUCUGAUGAGACAGCUCCUGGGGUGAGUGAGAGUGACCGGGACCAGACCCUGUUCUCUGUGUUAGUGCGUCCUCCACCUCCCCUCUCAAGUGUGUUCAGUGAACAAGCCAAAAAAUUGGAAAAGCGAAAUUCAUGCUUAGCUACAGCCAAUGCUAAGGACCUGUAUGACAUAUUCUACAGUAGUGGUGGAAAGGGGGCCCCUGAGACUAAGCUCAGUAGUGGUCCAUUGGCCAAUGGGGAAAACAGCAACCUCUCUAAAGCUGAAAGUUCAGACACCUCUUCCACUUCUACUUUGAACAUCAGUGCAUCCCAAGAGGAGUUGCCUCCAGAUAGAAGUUUGGUCUUUGCUUCUUUAGUCAGCAACCCUGAAAAACCCAUUGCAAAAACUCUGGUGUCUUUAGGGAAAUGGUCAGUUGUAGAACACAUAGACUCAAGAAGUAGAGGCAGCAGCUAUGGCUUCCUACAGCCGUUAACAAGGUUGUGCCAUAGCAGGCCUUAUGAAACUAUUACCCCCAAAACAAAUACUUUGGCCAUGUGGACUUCCAGUUCCUUCCAGGGUGAUGCUAAUAGGGGUUUAUCUCCAGAGGGAAAAACUGAGCUUAACCUGACAGAGCCAGGGCCACCAGGUGUGGAACAAGCCCCUCACUUGUCAGAUAUACAUGGUCAUACCAUGGAAUCUCAGAGGUUGGUAGAAACCCACAUAAUGGAAUCUGGUAACCAGGAUAAGGAAAGUCAAAAGCUCCAUCAAUCUAAGGAUUGUGGGAAAAGUGAGAUAAAGACAGACAAUGAACUAAAAGAAAGGAGAGCAAAGGUCUCUGAGAGGAUGGUAGGAGAGGAAACAGGUAUCAACAUGUGCAAUAGCAUUGAGGAUUCUAAUUUGAGUCAUGGGAACAGAUAUAUGUGGGAGGGAGAAGUAGAACAGCCCAGGUUGCAGAUGACUGACAAAAAAGCAGAACAGUCCAAGAAAUUUAUGACAAGAAGUGAAACUCAAAAUAGAGUAGUGAUUGAGUUGAGUGCACAGGUUUUCUCUAAUACAAAGGCAAAAAUAGAUUCAUUUCCAUCAGAAGCUAGGUCUUUAAUCCAGAACCCACAGGAUAAACCUGUGAAAAUUUCUGUGCCAGAAUUGCUUCAGUCCCCAGCCAGGUCAGAUAUGUGUUUAACAGAUAGUGCUCAAGAGCAAGGAGUUUCAACUGUUAAUGAAGAUUGGCUAGAAAAUUCAGCUCCAGAAUCACUUUCUAGAACUUCUAGAUACAAAAGCCUCAAACUCAAGAGAGAAAGAUCAAAAGAGUUUAAAGGUAAAAUGAUUUAUGAACUGGCUGUUUGGGAUGAGAACAAGAAGCCAGAGACCUGGGAGAGCCCAGAGAAGCCAGAAGCAGAAGCCCUGGAGCUACGAGGUGUCCAUCCAGAAUUAACAGUGACAAUAGAAACCAAGGCCUUAGAAGACUUUGAAGUUACAGACUUGAAAGUAGAAAAGCUUGCUGCCCUAGGGAACCUGGGGAAUAUGGGUGUUGAUUUCUGCAGUACUCAAGUAGACCCAGCACAUAAAUCCCCAACUGCCCUGUCUCAGAAAGCGUGUGAAGAAAACUCUUUGUCACUUGUAGGAUGUAAUCCCUCCACUCUCACUGACUUUCAACCAGUCCCAUCCUUGUCUGAGUUUCCAUUAGAUUCUCCCAAAAGCCUGGUGCUGAACUUUGGAGCAGAAGGUAGAAAAACAUCAUCUAAUUUCGUAAGUGGGAGGAUCACUCCUAACAUUUUGAAAACCGGACUUCCUGUAGAAAAUGUUGACCUUGGCUUGGGGAGCCUAGAGGGAACACACCAGGCCCUUGACCUUUUAGCAGGAGGAAUCAUGCCUGAAGUAGAAGAAAUUUCUCAAUUAGAGAAUCAAGAUUCACUCAGAUUGCAGUCAGAAACAGUUAAACCUGCAGGCUUUGAGCCAUCACCUUGCCUUCCAGACCUUGUGGACUUCGUCACACGGACAUCUGGAGUUCAAAAAGAGAAGUUAUGUUUUCCUCUCUCUGAGCCAGGUAGCCCUCCUGAGUGUAGUUCCCUGGAGAUGGGACCACUACAGCUAGAAAUACCGAAUGCAUCCAUCACAGAGGUAGCAAUUUCUCAAGUAGAUGAGGACAGUGACAACCCUUUGAAUUUGGUAAAAUCUCUGGCUUCAGGGUCCCCUACAAGGGAGCAGGUAUUUGGAGGCAAUAUGGUCCCUCAGGAAAUACCUGCACAAGAAGCUGUAGUUGCUGCCAUCCAGGACCACACAGAAUCCGGUGUUCAUGACUAAGAAUACACAUCCAGAUCUACUUGUAGAUGAAUGGAGUUGGCUUCUAGAAAUCAGGUGCCCAGAUGAUCCAGGACUAGUUGGCUAUCUUAUCUGGAAUCACCAAGAGAUACAGUCAGCAUCUUAAAGUAAAUGUUCAUGGAAGCCAAAAAAACCUUACCUCCUUUGCUAUUUUCCUUUCUCUUUAAGAUACCAGACAAAUCCAUCAUAACUUCUAUACAUAACUGUAAAAUAUUUUCUGUUAAUUUUUUUCAAUUCAUUUUCUCCUUCUUUGUCAUUAAAAAUCAAAUGUCUAUCUGGCUCACCACAUAGUGUGCUUUGAUUGUAUUUUGGCUUUGACAUUUCUUUCUGGAAUGUGGGGGAGGAGGGAGACAGCUUACUUCUCCAAUUGCUGUGUUGUAUUACCACCCAAUUUCCUGGGCAGCUGAUGGAUCUCUGGGAGAAGCAACAAAGUCUGCUGAAAUGGAAAACGACUAACGAAGGAAACGGAUUGUUCAUCUCUUAGGCUUCCAUUUCAAUGGGCCUGCCUUAACAUUGUUUGAAAUGAAGCGUGAGUAGCUCUUUUGUUUACUGUUUACUUCCUUGUGGCAUGUCAACCCCUGUAUUUCCCUCAUUCUGUUGCCUUUGUUUGAGAUGGUCAUGCUAACCCACAAACCUGUUUGGAAAUGGCUUCAGCAAACGUGGAAAAAAAUAUAGGAGGCUCACUUUUGGAAGACUACAAAUCAGUCAUGCUAACCCACAAGCCUGUUUGGAAAUGGCUUCAGUAAACAUGGAAAAAAAUAUAGGAGGCUCACUUUUGGAAGACUACAAAUCAGUCAGGCUUAUUCAUGGCUCGGUCCCAGGAGCAGAUAUGCUUUUUGGAUCACUUAUUUACAAAAUGACCUUUGUUCAUUGUAUUGUGAUCCAGUAACAAUUUCUAUUAAAUUGUUUAGCAGCCUUUUCUGUUCUGAAGAGGUACAUCUGAAACUUGUUUUGGGAUUGGACUCAUUCUGUUUCACAACCCAUAUGUAUUCCUUCCUCUACCUCUCCCUUUCCCAGAUUAUAUCCACCAUAUAGCGUGAUGUUUGGGGUUGUACAUUUUGUUCAAAAAAUUAAAGAAUUUAUGAGUUGACCUGGACAAGUUUAACUUUAUUUUUUAAUGUGUUUACUUGGAAUAAAUGUAUUAAUCUCAUGUUUCCUUCUGGAUUUUUGUUUUAAAACCUCAUGUUUCCUUCUGGAUUUUUGUUUUAAAACCACACGCAUUUAUACUCAGGAAAACUAAAACAAUGAACUCCUCCUGCCCUCUUAUUUCUCCCCCCCACCUCCAACUAUUCUUGUCCCCUUAUCAGGGCUAGUUCUUUCAUGUCUGAUUGUUAGGUUAUAUAUCCAGCCCAGUGUUGCCUGGUGUGUAAAGUAGGCAACAGUGGUUGGGUUUUGGCAUCUUCUUAUUUUGAAGCUUUUAUAUUCCCUAUGUUGGAUCUCCCUGUGUUCAUCUGGGAACUGAGCUCUGCCAAGGACACUCCUAGUAUUCUUGUUGGGGGUGCUCUUAGGGAUCAAGGAUCGAGGCCUUCAGAUUUCCUAAUUUCUGUCUCAGUUUCCUCUUGACGUCCCUGUUGACAGCAGUUUAAAACCUGGCUCAGCAGAGGCUUCAGAGUCUUGUUCUACCCACCCCUCAAAAACAAUGCACAUUUGCUGAUCUUUUUUUCCUAAUUCUUGUUUCCCUGUGUCUUUGCAUGCAGAGCUAGCUGUAGAAUCCCUAUUUGAGUUUGGGGAAGCUGCUUACUUUAUUGAGAGCUUUGACUGAUGUCUAUAAGUCCUGGCCUCCUCUUCAUGUUGUGGAAGGGGCACAGAUUUGGGAGAGUCAGGUCUUUGAAUAUUCCUCAGCUGUUUGCCUUGCUGUGAUUUUAGACAAGUUACUUUACCUCAUAGUGCCAACAGGGAUAUUUUUCUGCCUUAAGGUGAUCAUUAUCUCCAUCUCAGCACCAAAUGUGUACAGGGUAAGGCCAUCCUGAUUAGUCUUCCUAGGCCUGCUUUUUUGUCUGAAACCUAAGUUUAAUGUACUUUUCUAGCCUGGAAACCAUAGACUGACUCAGAAGGUGCCCUUUAGAAGAACAUAAACCCAGGUGAGCUUCAGAGAUACUUGUUUACUCCACGUUCUAGGAGUUUAUAGGAAUUCAGAGAACUUAAGAUUUAACAAUGUAAGUUGUUACUGAUUUUCAGAGCUGUUAACUUGGUAAAUUCCACCUCCAUGUGGGGAGAAGGGUGGAUUUAGGAAAGGAGUGGAGAGGGGUUAAUCCUAUCCGUAUCCCACUCCUAAUCUCACUCCCUCUCAGAGGGAGUCACAGUCUUAACUAUGUUAGUAGGGGCCACUUGAGAAGAGUAGGGAAGGGAAGAAAGUCAGAUCUAAGAAGGGCAGAACUAAAGUAAUUGGGGCUGGAGUAUGUUGAACAACUAUUCUUGUGCUCUCUUGAUAACUUAAGGCUUUUUACUAGACAUUUACCAAUCUCAGGCUUUUUCUAGAGUAAUGCCACUUCCAAGAGUUGAAGCAGCAAUAUUCUUCAUACCUUCCUUGAACCAGCAGAGGGAGAGCUUUAGGAUUCUGUAGUCUGAGCAGGAAGUAUUGCUACCUUUUUCUCUGAUCAGUGGGAUCUAGCUUUGGAGCCCAACCAGAGAAGCCAUGCGAAAGGGAGGACAGAACUAACCCAGUUGCCAGUGCCUAAAGGUAGGGCUAUAUUUUCAGCACUAUCAUAGUACUGAACAAACUUUCACCUUAGGAGACAAAGGGAUAUACAAGGAGUGGACCCUAAACUUUACAUGCAGCUUACAGUGUCAUAAUUAUAUUUUAAAUUUCUUCAAACAUCAGGAAGUUUUUAUUGGACUCACUCAACUAUGGGAACAGAUGAUCAGCAGUUAAGUUUAGAUUCAAGCAAACACCAAAUUUUACCUAAAUUGUAUAAGUAAUUCCCUAAAAAUUCCCCUUGGCAUUGUGAAUGGAGGCCUGCUUGAUAACCGUCUUUUUCCUACUCACAGCUAGCUUCAGGGCACAUAAUACUCUAAAUAAGUGUUCUGCUAAAUAUUCUCACUUUAUCCCAUGCCAUCCCUUCUCUAUAAAAAAAAACAAAAAAGUUAGCUAAUGCUUUGGUAACCAAACAUGCCAGAACAUAAAUCCACUUAUCAGACUGUCAGGUUCAGGGACUGAGGAGGAAUGGGGAGCGGGAGUGGGGGUGGGAGAAUUGGACAUAAAAGAUCCAAUUGUUGACACUGAUUGUAUUUAAAAGAAGAUGAAGAUGGGUUCAGUGAGAAUACAGCCUGUAAAGGAAGUGAGGUGGGGUUUUUUAAAAAUACAUAUUCUUAAACCUUGGUUCUAAUCUUAACAGAGCUUACCUAUCAAGCCCAGGAAUAGAACCUAAGUAAGCUCUUCAUUUAUUAACAAUUUUGUGAGAGCAUGGACAAAUGAAAAUAGUUUGGGAUUAUGAGCACAUUUCUUUAGGGUUUAAUUUUAUGAUUUUGUAAUUUUUAAUAAAAAAUUGUAUCUACCCUGCCAGUAUUCGUUGAUAAGCCAAGCAGGUGAACUUAAAAUGAAAAUUUUAGACCUUUAAAAAAAAUCACCACCAUCCUGGUGGUGAUUAUUAUGCUUUCAAAAGAACAAGUACAUUGUUGUAGCACUUAAAUGUGGUUGUAAUUAUACAUUCAUGUGUUUCCUUGAUUAAUAUUUGCCUCCUUCCCCCACAACUUGAUUAUAAACUCUCCAAAGCAAGAAGUAUGUUUUUGCUUACUAUUUUUUCAUUAUUGUAUUUACAGUGCCCAUUUACCUGGCACAGAAAGAGUACUCAAUAAAAAUUCAUUUAAAGAAUCAAUGUGGUAAUAGAGCAAUUUUUUAUUACUGAUUGCAAAUAACAAUUUAUAAGUAGAUAAAAGCUAUAAUUUGCCGAUUGUGUUGUCUGGGUGCUUAGCACUCCAGAAGACAACUGUCCUCUGACUUCUGCCCUGGAUCUUUGUAUACAAAGCACUGUCUGUAGCGAAGAGUGCAUAUCAAGCGAGGCUGCCCAUGACCCCUUCCUUUCAACAGCAUUCUGGAAUAGUGCUAGUUCAGGAGGGGUACACACUGCCCUUGAACUCUUCAAGGAAAACUGAAGAUGGGAAGAGAGGUAAACUGACUGUAAGAGUUAGCAAUAAAAGGCCACUGCGGACUGAUUUUCAGAUGCCUCCCUUUCUCCUUCCAGCCAGAUUCCAUAGGCAUGUUGAAGCCAGCCAGCCAGUCAAAGCCCAGAUUCCUCUGAUUGGGCUGAAGGAGUAAUUCCAACACUUCAUGGCCCAAGAUCCUCUUGUCACCUCAUCAAGACGAAAUCAAGCUAUUGAUUUUGUUUCUGAAAGGAAACAAAGCUAACCAAAAAAGAAACAAUUGCAGAAAUCUUCAGAUAUCUAGAAGGAAGGACUGCAGAAGAACUCUGCUCCAGGGAGGUGGGUAUAGAAGCCAUUGGAGACAACAGAAAUGAUGAGCAUCUCUGGGGCCAAUAGGCAGUCACCUCCAAGGUGUGACUUCCAGGAGCCCAAGAUCUGUUUCUCGUCAGUUACCACAUUCCUGUGCUUGGGGACAAUCAAGGAUGUUGGUCACAACUUUCAUUCCUAACUGUGACUAUGACUCACCUACCUAUCAGCCCCUGGUAUGCUGCUGAGACCUCCAUUCUCCUCUGGUAUCUGAAGUCCAUCUCCAAGAUGUGCUGAUCUGUGGGAAAAGGGAACAUUUUUUGGAAUAAUAUUUUUUCCUUUGGACUUCUUUUACUCAAUAUGGUAGAUUUACAAAUAUUGUGAUUCUUAGUCACUAAAAUGUAAUUCAUAUAACAUUCAAUUUUAAAUAGCAUGAGAUUCACUAUUUUAAAGUGUAUUAUCUGUGGUUUAAAUUAUCUUCAGGGUUGUGCAAUCACCAUUUUCUAAUUCCUGAGUAUUUCCAUCACACCCCUAUAAAAAACACAUACACAUUAGCAGCCCCAGUUAUCCCCUGCCCCAAAGCAGUCACCAGUCUAUUCUAGAGACCAGAUAUGGACUUUCUAUUCUGGAUAAUUCAUAUAGAGGGAGUCAUGCAAUAUGUUGUCUUUUUUUUUUUACCAUUUUAAUCAUUUUUAAGUAUACAAUUCUGGCAUUAAGUACAUUCAUAUUGUUGUACAACCAUCACCAACAUCCCAUCUCCAGAACUUCUUCCCCAACUGAAAUUCUGUACCCAUUAAAUACCAACUCCCCACACCUUCUCCCAACCCCUAUAACCACCAUUCUACUUUCUGUCUCUGUGAAUUUAACCUUUGGAACCUUAUAUAAAAGGAACCAAACCAUAGUUGUCCUUUUGUGAUUGAAUGACAUGUUGAAUUUUGAAAUAGAAUUAAUGAUGAUAAUAGUAAUGAUAAUUAUAAUGGUUACCAUUUAUUUAGUACUUUGGGGGGGCAGGCGCAUUGUUUAUUUAAUAUUUCCAAUAUAGACCAAUAAAUGACCUUAUCCAUCA